UUGCCAUUGCCUUGCACUGUGGACAUUAACACGAGUGGGUAACAGUUCCUAAGUUAAGAAGAGACUAUAGAAGAAGACGUCUGCUUAUUGAUAAGGGGACAUUGCAAUUGAUUUUUUUUUAUUAUUAUUAUUUUUUCAUUUUUUUACUGUUGCAACGUUGUUGCAGCUUUUUGUUUCGUUUGAAUUCUAGAAGACAUCAGAUUUUUUUUUCAUUUUUGUUUUUUGAAAGAGGAAAGAAGUACAACGUGGGGGUGAGGAAGAGUCCUGGGUCAGAGCGAGCUCUCUGGGCGAUGCCAGUUUAAAUGCCAGGGCAAUGUCCCGUCGGAAGCAGGGGAAGCCUCAGCACUUGUUACAAAGGGAUCUCAUCACAGCAGACGACCGCCAUGUUGAAACGGUGAUCACCGACGAUGAUGAUGCUCUUGCCCUCCCUGAGUCAGGAUCCAUUAAUCUCGGCGGCAACGGGACAGACCCCGACUUGCUAACAUGUGGACAGUGUCAAAUGAACUUCCCUUUGGGAGACAUCUUGGUUUUUAUAGAGCACAAGAGAAAGCUGUGCGGCGGACCCAGCAGUGUCUGCUAUGAUAAAAGUCUGGAUAAGAGCUCUCCUCCCCCCUCAUCUCGCUCCGAGCUCAGGAAAGUGGCAGAGCCCGUGGAGAUCGGCAUCCAAGUCACGCCCGACGAGGAAGACCGUCUUCUCACGCCUACGAAAGGAAUUUGCCCCAAGCAGGAGAACAUUGCAGGUUUAUCUGAAUGGAACCUUUCCUGCCCGUACACGUUCCCGUCUGUGUAUGCCGGGCUGAAAGUACACAUGGCAAGAGAAAAGAGAGCAAAUAAAGGUAAAGAUGAGCCUUCAAGCUAUAUUUGCACAACAUGCAAGCAGCCAUUUAACAAUGCAUGGUUCCUGCUACAGCAUGCUCAAAACACACAUGGAUUUCGUAUCUACCUGGAAACAAGCCCGACAAACAGUUCGCUCACUCCACGCAUCACAAUCCCUCCACCUAUGGGACCGGAGACUGUUGCACCAUCCCCUUUGAUGAACUUCCUUGGAGACAGCAAUCCCUUUAACCUUUUACGAAUGACAGGACCCAUUCUGCGUGAACAUCCAGGCUUUGGUGAGGCACGGCUCCCUAACACACCGCCACUCUUCAGCCCACCCCCUCGCCACCAUUUGGACCCUCAUCGCCUUAGUGCCGAAGAAAUGGGGUUAGUCGCCCAGCAUCCCAGUGCCUUUGACAGAGUUAUGCGUUUAAACCCUCUGGCAAUUGAAUCUCCAGCUAUGGAUUUUUCCCGACGGCUACGAGAACUGGCAGGGAACAACUCCACUCCUCCUCCGGUGUCUCCCAAUCGCGGAAAUCCUAUGCAUCGCCUAUUAAAUCCCUUUCAGCCAAGUCCUAAAUCACCUUUUAUGAGCACGCCUCCUUUGCCACCUAUGCCCCCCAAUAGUACUACUCCACCACAGACACAGGCCAAGAGCAAGUCCUGUGAAUUCUGCGGUAAAACCUUCAAGUUUCAGAGCAAUCUUAUAGUUCAUCGCCGCAGUCACACAGGAGAAAAACCUUAUAAAUGCCAACUUUGUGAUCAUGCGUGUUCCCAAGCAAGCAAAUUAAAACGACACAUGAAAACACAUAUGCACAAAUCUGGUUCCAUGACUGGCAGGUCGGACGAUGGACUAUCUGCCACUAGCUCACCAGAACCAGGCACUAGUGAGUUGACAGGAGAAGGGGUGAAAUCAAAUGAGACUGAUUUUAGAAAUGAAAGUGACCGUUCUCUAGGCCACGAAAAUGAGGAAGAAGAGGAGGAAGAGGAAGAGGAGGAAGAGGAGCUUGAGAAUGAAAGUAGACCUGAAUCAAGCUUCAGUAUGGAUUCAGAAAUGAGUCGCAAUCGUGAAAAUGGUGCAAAGCAACUCCAUGAAGAGAAGUCCAUGGUUCUUGGUAAAGUCAUGGAGAAUGUCAGCCUAGCUGGUAUGCAGCAGUACAAUGACAUGCUCAACGAGAAGCAAAAGAGGAGUCAUUUUAUAAAACGGUCUUCAGACCCAAGAGACCUUUGUCGGAGAAUGCAAGGUGAUGAAGAUGGAGUAGAGAGAGAAAUCAUCCGUAAUGAUGAAGGCACAGUGAAUGGAAGAAACUUUGGCUCAGGUGAACCUUUUCCAGGCUUACUCCCAAGAAAACCCAUGCCCAUCUCCGGUUCUGGCCUAAACAACUCAUCCAAAAGGAUAAAGAUAGAGAAAGAUUUGGACUUGCCACCAGCAACUAUAAUCCCUUCUGAAAACGUUUACUCUCAGUGGCUGGUAGGAUAUGCAGCUUCACGGCACUUCAUGAAGGAUCCAUUUCUAGGAUUCACAGACUCUCGACAAUCCCCUUUUGCAACUUCUUCUGAGCACUCUUCAGAAAAUGGAAGCCUGCGGUUCUCCACUCCACCAGGUGACAUGCUGGAUGGAGGUCUCUCAGGGCGGAGUGGCACAGCAAGUGGGGGCAGCACGCCUCAUAUCAGUGGACCAGGUCCUGGUCGACCUAGCUCGAAAGAAGGGAGGAGAAGUGACACAUGCGAAUUCUGUGGCAAAGUAUUUAAGAACUGCAGCAACCUCACAGUCCAUCGCCGGAGCCACACUGGAGAGCGACCUUACAAAUGUGAGCUCUGCAACUAUGCAUGUGCCCAGAGCAGCAAGCUGACGCGCCACAUGAAAACACAUGGCCAGUUAGGAGGACAGCAGAGAUCGAAAGGUUAUCCAUUUUAAUUAUGUUGACCGCACUUUAACACUUGAGUUUUAUAUUUUCAAUGGCUUCUGAACAAGAAAUUAUAGCAUAUUCUCCUUGUCAACCUGAUGGUGGUUGAACUUUAUAAGGGAACACCUGAGAUUAAGUGUUAGUGUUGCUAAGCAUGGCAUUCACAAUGCUGACACUAUAAAAACAUAUAUAUAAUUUAUUGGACGGUUCGUCUACUGCCAUUCAAUUUUGUAGCGAGUGCCUUGAAAACUGAUCUUCCUAUCUUAAGUCUCUCUCGAGACAAAAUGCAAAACAUUUUUGUGAAACAAAAAAAAAGACUUUUAGAAAUAGAAAUACAAGAAAAAAGUACAUUUCUUAAAAAAAAACAAAAGCCACAUUUUACUUAUAAAAAAAAAAAUCUGGUUGAAGAUAGAGGACACAGAAAAUGCCAUAAGACCCAAUCACAUGAAGAUGUUUACCCAGCACAACCUUGAACAUUUUUUUUGAGCUGAAUUAUUGUCAGCUUUUUUUUAUUUCAGGACAACGCUGCUUAGAAAACGGAAUGAAAAUUAUUUACUGCUGAACUGAACUGAAAAAAACAGUUAUCGUUGAAUGGGAAAAAAAAAAAAAACAAUUCAGGAACAACGGCUAUUUUUUUUUCCAAACAUUAAAUUUAGUGCACUCUGUCUUAAAAUACGUUUACAGUAUUCAAUACUUAUAAGGGUUAAAAAAAGAAAAAAAAUAAUUGUGUGUAUGUGUGUUUGGACGAUAAUUUCUUUUUUCAAAGUUUGCUUAAUAGGUUAUAAAAUGCCAUCAAGGCCCCUGUGUAUAAUAUUGUUUUUAUUUGGUGAUGGGGUUUUAGUAUAUAUUAUAUAUAUUAAAAUUUCUUGAUUACUGUAAAAGUGGACCAGUAUUUGUAAUAAUAUAGAAUGACCUGGCAAUUUACAAAACCAGAAAAAAAAUCCUUGAAAAUGUUGCAGUAAAAUUUUAAUGGUGGGUCUAUAAAUCUGUUCUUGUCACUGUAAUUGUAAAGUCUGAGUUUUAGUAUUUUUUUUUCUGCCUUGGGUGUUGAUUUUCUUUUUUUUUUUAUUAUUAUAAAAAAAAUGUAUAGAAUCUUGUAUUUGGGGAUUAAAAGGUGAACUGCUGCACCAUGUAGAAAAAAAGUUAAGUAGAAAAAAAAAGUGCUUCAUUUUGUUUUUGCGUUGCAGAAAAAAAAAAAAAUCACAUUUCUGACCUGUGCUUAAUUUUUCCCCCUCCCUUAUUCUUAUGGAAUGAAUAUUGAUUGGUUAAAAUGAUGUAGGCACUUGUUGUAUUUUUACUGGAGCUUGUAAUUUUUUAACCGUACGCUUGUCCUUUUAAAAGGAUUAAAUGUACUUUUUUUUUGUUAGUGAAUUUGAAAAAAAAAAGAAAUAAACACAAAAAACUAACGUGCUGCCAUAAUAUAUUUUUUUUUCAUUUGGCAGGAUAAAAUAUCGCAAAAAAAAAAAAAUAAAAAAAAUAAUAACUUGUUAUUUAAGUCCUACUGUACAGAAAAGAAAAAAAAAGUUGUUUGACAACAUCUAGGUUAAUAAAACAACACAGAUUUCAUCAUUGUUUUAUUCACAGGUAAUUUUGGUUAUAAAUGUUUUUUUCCAGAAUUGGCCUACAAAAAAAGUGCUGUUCCUACAGGGAUGUAAUAACCCGUUAGGUGCCCGGACCUUGUAUCAAGGCCUCAUUAAGUGUGGACUGAUUGGUACUCAUUACCCAUGUAAAAUAAAGAAGCUGUUUUUGUAUAAAAAAAACAAAACAAAAACAAACACGUAACAUUCCACUUGCUCAUUAAUAGUCCAGAACAAAAACCUCUUGUAGAGAGUGAAUUAUUCAUAGUUAUGCACCUCCGAAUCUGAGUAAUUUAUUCAUAGUACGGAAGCGACUGCAUUUUUUGCCCACGGUAGUCCAGGCACAAUCAUGCCAGCCCUGUUUGAACAGGACCAAGCUCUUGCCGGCCCAUGUAAUGUGUGCUUUGCUCUUUCUUUUUGUACAUUCCAUAAAUUCCUGAAUGUUUGAUGGGCUGAGAUGAAAUGUCAACACGAUGGGUGAACAAACCUGAGAAAGUAUAAGUUGUCGUACAAACGAGUGCUGUUUGUGAAAUUACUAUCUUUGCCAUAUUAAUAGAGGCAGAAUAGCCCGUACAGGCUACUUUGCAUCCCCUAGGCAGCCAUGAGACCAAAUUUUCCUCGUAAUGAAAAGUCAUGUUUUACGAGAACUAUUCAUUUUGAAAAUGCAAUUUUACCAGCAAAUUAAGCAACCACUUUAAUAUCAGCAAAUUUAACACUGUGCUGCAAGCUUACAGCGCUCAAAAGGUGAACUACAUAACUACACAUUCACGAAAUUACUAAUAAAAAUAAUCGAAGCACAAAGAUAUAUUGUAUAUGGUAAAAAAAAUGGUUUCUGGGUAAAGCUACCCCUUUCCUGAACCAUACAAGCACAAUCUGACACACCCUAUGGCGCCUUGCUGCAACUUGCACUGGCGUUACCUGCUUAAAUGCUUAAGGAUAAUAACGGUUUCCGCCCCAUGGUGUUUCAAAGAAUUUCAUCUCAGGCCAUAGUAAAAGACAGUCCAAGAUUUUAAUUUAAUUGCAGGUAGCCUCAUCUUUAUGGUGCUCUUUGUAUAUUAAAACUGCAAAAGCAAAAUUAUUGUCACUUAUGUUGUUUGCAUUUGUACGGCAAGGCGAAUAUUUUUAUUACCUUUUUCUAUUAUUGUACGAGCUUUCGUUGUUUACUUGGAGGAUUUUUUUUGUUUUUUUUUUGUCUUUUACCACACGUUUGAAACUAUUUAUUAAUGCUUGGUAUUUUUGCGCUCUGUUUUAAAAAACGAGCAACUUUUUUUUUAUUUUUAUUAUGGAUAAAAUGUUGAAAUGGCUAGAGGUCUUUUCAACAUGGCUUAGUGAAAUAUUUAUUGUUAUCUUAUUUCUCUGUAACAGAUUAUGACCUCUUUUUUUUCCUUUUAAUGUCACACUGUUGAUUUCAGCAUGUGUCUGCCAUUUCAUUUGUACGCUAGUUCAAAACAAGGCUUGUUCCGGUUUUCAAGUAUAAAACAAAGAAACAAAAAAAAAAAACAAAAACAAAAAAAAAAACAAAAAAAAAUGAAAUAAAUAAAUUGGACUUUUAACUUGAUCUGAUUGAUUGUUCCUCAUUUCUUUGUUGAUAUCAGUGGAUUUGAAACAAAAAUCUGUUGGUUUUUUUUGCACCUCUAUUCAUUGGUUAAUCACCAAUAAAC